AUGUCAGAACGCAAAGUUGUUUCCAAGUACUAUCCGCCCACCUUCGACCCUAGCCAGCGGCUACCGGUACGACACAGGGGGAGGGCAGCUGCACCGGAGGGGCAACAAGUCCGAUGGGCGGCACCCUUUUCGAUGCAAUGCACCUCAUGCGGCGAGUAUAUCGGAAAGGGGCGCAAGUUCAAUGCCCGGAAAUUGACGCCAGACGAGAAUUACCUGGGUGCUAUCCAGAUCUACCGCCUCUUCUUUCGUUGCACGCGAUGUUCGCGAGAAAUCACUCUUAGAACCGUUCCUCAAGCAAGCGACUAUGUCUGUGAGACUGGCGCAAAGCGUAUCACGGAACCAUGGCGCAUAGGUGACGACAUAGCCAACGAGACGGCGGACGAGCGUCUAGAUCGACUAGAGAGAGAGCACGAGAAACGCGAGAACACCGAAAAGACCACGAUGGAGGAUAUCGAAAAAGAAGCCCUCGCGACAGAGACACACAUGGCUGUCGCCGAUGCGCUGGACGAAGUCCGCGCCCGAAACGCCCGACUGGAAAGGCUUCUUCGAGAUGGAAUCAUGGUGGAUAAGAACGCUGCUAUGACGGCGGAAGACCAGAAGGAUGAAGAGCACACGAAGCGCGCUUUCUCUUUGCAUGCGAGGGCCGAAGCUGACGUAUCGGGUCAGAGGGAAUCACACACCGCAAGACACACCGAUAUUAACGCCCUCGUCAAAACGAAACGCCACCCGAAGCAGACCAAGUUGCUGCCAGGGCUGAAGCAAGCACAAACAAAAGCUCCGCCCGCUACCCCUUCCUUGGUGGACUAUGGCUCUGACUCUGAGUGA